CUCAGCCUAUAUAACCGCUGCCUCCAGCACAGAAACACAAGUUGAAUUCAACGAAACAUGAAGACUAUCAAUCUGUGCAUUCUACUAAGCCUGGCAGUUGCAGUUUACUGCGUGCCAAUACCACAGUUUACUGAGCAAGAUGAGAAUUUUGCAGAGAGCUACCUGAAGAAAUUCUAUAACCUAACAGAGGAGACCGGCCCAUCUAUCAGACGGGGGAUCAGCCCGGUGAGCAGGAAGCUGAGUGAGAUGCAGCGAUUCUUUGGUCUCAAGAUCAGCGGGAGGCUGGAUGCUGAUACCUUAGAGAUGAUGAAGAAGCCCCGCUGUGGCGUUACAGACAGCAAAAUUGCCGGUUUCUCCACCUUUGGAGAACACAAGUGGAAGACAAACAGCCUUACCUACAGGAUAGAGAACUACACACCUGACAUGUCCGUGCCAGAGGUAGAUGACUCCAUAGAGAAAGCGCUGCAGGUUUGGGCCGAAGUCACUCCUCUGAGAUUCACAAGAAUCUACAGUGGCACCGCUGACAUCAUGAUCUCCUUUGGCCGCCUUGCACAUGGAGAUUAUUACCCUUUUGAUGGGCCUGAUGGCACUCUUGCCCAUGCCUUCGCCCCAGGCCCUGGCCUUGGAGGAGACGCUCAUUUUGACGAUGAUGAGACCUUCACUUUCCGCUCAAACACAGGCUACCUCCUCUUCAUGGUGGCUGCCCAUGAGUUUGGCCACUCCCUGGGCUUGUCUCACUCUGAUGAUCCUGGUGCUCUCAUGCACCCUGUGUACACAUACAGAGACAGUGACACCUUUGUUCUGCCCCGGGAUGAUGUCAACGGCAUCCAGUCUCUCUAUGGUCCAAACCCUGACAAGGAUCCUGUUCAGCCUGGACCUGAGCCCCCCACCACCCCUGAUGCCUGUGAUUCAACCAUGGUCUUGGAUGCUGUCGCCACCCUGCGAGGAGAAACGCUCUUCUUUAAGGACAGCUUUUUCUGGCGUAGCUACCCCCAGAGCAGCACACCUCAGCAAAGUCUCAUCACAAACUUCUGGCCCAAUGCCCCCAUCAACAUCGAUGCUGCUUAUGAAAGCCAAGAAUUAGACAGUGUCUUACUCUUUAAAGAUCGUAGAGUGUGGGCUUUCAGUGGCUAUGAUCUUGUACCUGGCUAUCCUAAAUCAAUUUCCAAUUUUGGUCUGCCCUCAACCGUGAAGAAAAUUGAUGCAGCCCUUUAUGAUGAGAAAUCUGGCAAGACUCUGUUCUUUGUAGGCAGAGAUUACUACAGUUACGAUGAGGCCAAAAAGACUAUGGACAAGGGAUUCCCCAAGCGAUUGGAUGAGACCUUCUCCGGCCUGACCGGCAAGGUGACUGCAGCUUUCCAGAACAAAGGUUUCGCUUACAUCUACAGUGGAGUCCACAUGUUUGAGUACAGCCUGAGCAGCGGCAUGUUGUUCCGUGUGCUGAGAAACAACUACUUUCUUGCAUGCAAUAACUUCUAGAAGAGUUUGCUACCUAGGUCGUUUGUGUGGACAUAAUGAAUGACAACGAAGGCACCAGAGUUAAACAGUGUCCAUAAUAUAUAAUUAUAUAUUUUAUAAUAUAUAAUUAUAUUGUUUCACACUCACGGGUAUAUACUGGAUAUAUGCCCUACCUGAGAACAGCACCUUAUAUGUUUUUUUAAAAUACUUUUUUUAUUUUUGUGAUGUCAGCCAUUGCUAUUUUAAAUUAAUUUAACUCUAUUUUAUCUUUAUUUAUGUCAGGUUCAUUGUUUAAUUAUUGCUGUUGCUAAAUUUGUUGUUUUUGUGUUGUAAUGAAGUUUAACUGUGGAACUUUGGAACACAUUACAUAAAUUAAUUUUACUUGUUACAAUUGCAAAUGUCUACACAGAUUUUUACACCACUGUGACAAAACACAUGAAUGUAUGCAUGCAAACACUUUUUAAAAAAUUGAAAAUAAAAUUAUACAAAUAUAAA